CUAGGUUAGCUAGGGUCCUGGCUAGCUAGGACGAUCGACUCAACUGCAUGCACAGUUUCAGGCCCAGCUUUUCUUCUCCUUGCUUUUGAUCUGCCUGCCCUUAGAUGUAGCGGAAUGGCAUGCAUGCAGUUGGCGUAUUUGCUCAUUUGCUCUCUCUCUUCCUCUCCUCUCUUCUUUAUAAUAACCAUGUAACUACUGAAAAGCUCGAGUAGUUCUGGCCGGUAUUACUACUGCCGGCAGUGUGAAGAAGAGGAUAUCAAGAGCCUAGCCUACACGGAGUACAGCGAGAGAGUGAGAGGUCAAGGGAGAUGGGGCACCACUCCUGCUGCAACAAGCAGAAGGUCAGGAGGGGCCUGUGGUCACCAGAGGAAGACGAGAAGCUCGUCAAGUACAUCUCCACGCACGGCCAUGGCUGCUGGAGCUCCGUCCCCAGGCUAGCCGGGUUGCAGAGAUGUGGCAAGAGCUGCAGGCUGAGGUGGAUCAACUACCUGAGGCCUGACCUGAAGAGGGGAAGCUUCUCGCAGCAGGAGGAGUCCCUCAUCAUUGAGCUCCACAGGGUGCUGGGCAACAGGUGGGCUCAGAUUGCCAAGCACCUACCUGGUAGAACAGACAAUGAGGUCAAGAACUUCUGGAACUCCACCAUCAAGAAGAAGCUCAUCUCCCAGGCCGUGGGUAGUCUGCACCCUUCCUCUGCAGAUUUGUACUACAACAUUCUGGACGGAGCAGGACAGAGCAUCGCAGCUGCGUCACUGAACGCGGUGGAGAAUGCAGCUCACGGUGUCACUCAAUCGCCGCCGUCUUCCGUGUACAACUCCGCGGCAUGGGCCAGCUUCAGCUCCCACCAGCCAAUCUUUCUCCCCGGCCACGGCGUCCACGGCUGCGGCGGCGGCGACCUUCAGUACGCCGCCGCCGUCGACGGGGAGUUCAUCAGGCUGUGCCGAGCAGCGGAGGCGUACCAGCUGGAGAACGGCGCCGCUGGCAUCGUCGGGGGUCAGUGCAAGCCAAGUGAUCAUCUCUUGGCUCCAGAGGGCGUCGUGGCCCGGAGUUGCCUCCCGGCGUUUGUCGAACAGAAGGGCGGCGGCGGCGGCGCUUUCUUGGCCGAUCCGGCCAUGGGUCCGGUGAUGGACUUCAUGGACGCCAUCCUGGGGUCGUCGACGACGUCGGCGGCCAGUGCUUCAUCCGUCGACAGCUUCUCGGCGAACACCGCCAUGCAACCUCACUGGAUUCCCUGAAUAUGCAAUUAUGCAUGCAUGUUCGGGGGUAUUCUGGUCGGUGCUUGCGUAACACACGGGUUUAUAAACUCGUUCUCGUCUUAAUUAAGUUUCAAAUAUAUAUAUAGAUCUUAAUUUAUAAAAUAACAUGUAUCUUAGGGUAUAUAUGUUUCACAUAAGUUACAUGUAGAUACAUUUUUAUAUUUUUCAUAUAAAUGUGUAGGACUGGUAAGUGGUAAUUAAGUACGUAUAUAAUGGGUGAGGUAUCAGUUGCAGUUGAACUUCUGAUUUACUAUACUAUAUAUGUAUAUGUGCUUCCUAA